AUGUCUGAAGGAUCUGAAUCUAAUGUUACUCCACAACCACAGGUAGCAGAACAACCACCAGUAUCGAUAGAAGCUACUCCAGAAGUAGUUGAUAUUGAACCAGCAACUGCUGUAUUACCAUUAGAAAUUAUUGAUAGAUCAGUUGGAAAUAAAGUACGAGUGUUAAUGACAAGUGAUAAAGAAUUCUAUGGUACUUUAAUAGGAUUUGAUGAUUAUGUAAAUAUGGUUUUACAAGAUGUAAUUGAAACUGAUAAUACUAAUGGAACAAGUACUACUCCUGUGAAAAAGAUGUUAUUAAAUGGAGGUCACAUUGCUAUGAUUAUUCCUGAUGUACCUGAUGUUCUUGUUGUUUAG